UCUACAAACAUGAAUAAUAAUUAAUAAAUAGAUAAAAUAUGACUGAAAGAUAUUCUCAAUGAUUACGUUCAAACUUUAACUAAUUAAGUUCAAUCAAGCAUUAAAAAGACCAAACACUAUGUUAUGACAAUAUAUAAAAAAAAUCAUGUGAAGAUUUAUAGAAACAGUAUAAUAGAAACAAAAAAACGUGCGAAUAUAAAGGACUCAUAAGAUAAAUGCGUUUCUAUAGAGAAUUGAUCAAACUUUAAUUAAAUCGUGAAACAGCAAUGGCGAACGCCGCUACGGAUGGGAAACGUCCUCUAAAUUCAAAUUUAUCCACUAUUUAUGGGAGAGUACCGACUGUGGGAGCUGACAAGAUGAAAGUCACGUUUUGUACGGAUAUGGAUAAAUCUGUGAUUGUAUAUAAUUUUGAAAAACGGGGAUGGACCCAAGUAGGUCCUGAAGAUGAUUGGAACUUCUAUUGGGCAGUCACACAAUCCUGCAGAACUAUUUUCAGUGUGGAAACUGGAUAUAGAAUGGGUGACAAUCAAACAAUUAAUCAUUUUCCAAAUCAUUAUGAAUUGACAAGGAAAGAUUUGUUAGUGAAAAACAUAAAGAGGUACAGAAAAGAUUUAGAGAGGGAAGGAAGUCCUCUUGCUGAAAGAGGAGAUGGACCAGGAAAAUACCUUCAUCUUGAUUUUAUCCCAGUUACAUUUGUUUUACCAGCAGAUUAUAACAUGUUUGUAGAGGAAUACCGAAAAUCUCCACAAAGUACAUGGAUAAUGAAACCCUGUGGUAAAUCUCAGGGAGCUGGAAUAUUUCUAAUAAAUAAAUUGAGUAAAUUAAAAAAAUGGUCCAGAGAAGCCAGGAAUCCAUUCAAUCCAAAUCUCACCAAAGAGUCUUAUGUGAUUUCCAGGUAUCAGAGUUUGAUACAAUUACAAUAUAGAAUUAAUACAAUCUCUAUUUUGCAUUACAGGUAUAUUGAUAAUCCCUUAUUAAUUGGUGGCAAAAAAUUUGAUCUUCGUUUAUAUGUUCUCAUCACUUCCUUUCGUCCAUUGAAAGCAUAUUUAUUUAAAUUGGGUUUCUGUCGAUUUUGUACAGUCAAGUAUGAUACUAGUAUUCAGGAAUUGGAUAAUAUGUAUGUGCACCUUACCAAUGUUUCUGUACAAAAACAUGGAGAUGAGUACAACAGUUUGCAUGGUGGCAAGCUAAGUGUACAAAAUCUACGCUUAUACUUGGAAAGUACGCGAGGCAAGGCAGUGACUGAAAAGCUUUUUGCAAACAUCUCUUGGUGCAUCGUUCACUCCUUGAAGGCAGUAGCACCAGUUAUGGCGAAUGAUCGUCAUUGUUUCGAGUGUUAUGGCUACGAUAUCAUCAUUGACAACAAAUUGAAACCCUGGCUCAUCGAGGUAAAUGCAUCACCAUCCUUAACAUCGACAACUGUAAAUGACAGAAUACUAAAGUACAAACUUAUUGACAAUAUUGUCUCCGUUGUAUUGCCACCGGAUGGCGUUCCUGAUGUUAGGUGGAAUAAGUGCCCAUCGCCAGAAGCAAUGGGAAACUUUGAACUUCUACUAGACGAGGAACUAGCAGCUCAAGAGGAACGUGAAAAUGCAACAGGAAAAUGUCGGGGAUCGUCAAGCAAAUGGAAAUAACAAAGAGUUAAAUUAUCAAGGUCCCAUAAGCGACAUGACUAAUAUCGAAACAAUAAAUAACAGUUUUCUGGUAAGAGAUCCUAAAACUCCAGAAAAAAUAUGCAAGGAUCAAUUUAUUUACAUUAUGUUUGCUGAAUGAAUAUUUUUAUCUUGGCU